AUCUGCUGGUGACAUAAAACAAACAUUGGAUCCAGGAAGAGAAGGAUGUGUUUGCUAAUGUAUACUUGCUACAAUCCUAGACUAUUGCUGAGUUGUGUAGUGUUAGUCAUUACUAAAUUGUACAUUUAAUAUGGGACCGGUGUUAACCGAUAUGUUCCAGAAGAGCAGGAGGAAAAUAAAUGGGAAAGUUGCAACUCCGUUUUGACUAACUGUAUUCAGUACUACUACUCAAGAUGUUGGUGACUGCUUACUUUGCGAUAAUUGUCCUGCUGGCCCUGUGUGUUGGCUUGGAGUUCACAGCACGCCGCCUCACACCACCUCAGUCCACUCCCACUGCUGUUGCGAACCCGGCUUUCCGUCGAUUCCAGAGCAUAUUUCUGCGGGCAUACCUCCUGGCCUUGUGGGCAGACUGGCUCCAGGGUCCUUACCUCUACAAACUGUACCGCCACUACAGCUUCCUGGAAUCUCAAAUAGCUAUUUUAUACGUUUGCGGACUGGCCUCCUGCGUCCUGUUUGCUCCGUUUUCGGGCUGGCUGCCUCAGGUCCUGGGCCGCAGACAAACAUGUCUGCUCUUCUGUGUGUCCUACUCCACCUGCUGUCUCACCAAGCUCUCCAGGGACUAUUUUGUUUUGAUUGUGGGCCGCAUCCUGGGGGGUCUGUCCACAUCCCUGCUCGCCACCACAUUUGAAGCCUGGUAUGUGCACAGGCAUUUAGAUGUCCAUGACUUUCCCAAAGAAUGGAUCCCCAGCACCUUUAAUAAAGUUGCUACCUGGAACCAUGGCCUGGCUGUGGGAGCAGGGCUUGUAGCUAACUUGCUGGCUGAGUGGCUUCACUUGGGACCAGUGGCUCCCUUUCUGCUGGCUGUGCCCUGUCUUGGCUGCUGUGGCUGGGUGGUACUAACAGACUGGGGUAAGGAGGAGGCUGAAAGAGGUCCUGAAGGAGAUAAACAGACUAUGAUACUUGGCGCUGCAAAUGGAGGUGUCAUUCGUUUAUCUGCUAAAGAGCGAUUUUCACGCAGCUGCCACGAGGGACUCCGUUGCCUGCUGUCAGACAAGAGAGUCCUGCUCUUAGGUGGCGUGCAGGCUCUGUUUGAAAGUGUCCUCUACAUAUUUGUCUUCCUAUGGACUCCGGUGCUGGACCCUCAUGGCCCCCCUUUGGGUAUAGUGUUCUCCUGCCUCAUGGCGGCCUCUAUGGUGGGCUCCCUGCUGUACCGCUUAGCCACUUCCACUCGUUAUCGUCUGCAGCCUGGUCAGGUGCUCUGUCUCGCCAUUCUGAUGGCCUUCUUCUCAUUUUUCAUGUUAACUUUUUCCACUGCGCCGGGCCAGCCGAGGCCUCACGAUUCCUUCCUGGCCUUCCUGCUGCUGGAGCUGGCGUGCGGCCUGUACUUCCCGGCAGUCAGCUUUCUGCAGGGAAGGGUGAUCCCAGAGGAGAAGCGUGCCGGCGUGCUGGCCUGGUUUCGGCUACCGCUGCACCUGCUGGCCUGCUUGGGACUACUGGCGCUCCACGGAGAAAUCUCAGGAACAGGAGGGGGAGAGGGCGGCGACGGCACCAGACACAUGUUCGGAGGCUGCGCCAUCAUGAUGCUGGCAGCUCUGAUGGCCGUCAUUAGUCUUUUCACCCUGAGCAGGAAUGACACUGAUCUGAGACUGGAGGGAUGCAGAGGGGAGGGGGAAAUGGAGUAAAGACUUGGGCCACACAUCAAUUUAAGAUUGCCUGAUUUAAAUAUGUCAUUUGGUCAGACUUGACUGGGAUAGACUUUAGUUCACAUUUGCCAAAUAAAGGAAAUCAACAAGGGUUGUCAGUAAAUUUAGUGUAGUUUCAGUUUUUAUGUUUGCUUGUUAUUACUUGGUUGGUUAUGUAUGAAUGUUAUGCACCCUUCGUGUUUCAGGAUGCUAUGGGAAAAUGGCCACACCUGGCUUCAUUUAUUAAACAAAUUCCUAAAAUGCUGCACAGCUUCUGAGUCUUUCUAGAAAUGAUUCCAGGUACUUAUACAUGGCUCCAAAAGUCCAUUCAUAGGACACAAUCAGUUAAACACAAUUCAAAACCUUCAUAAGGUUCAUCAGUACAGGCACUUUAUGGGAAAAAAAUGGAAAAGUUUUGUUUACAGAGGCUUGAAAGUAUAUCCAUAGAGCUAAAGAUAAUAUUGGCAAUCUAUAAUAGGUCACAUAACAUCAAAGGCAUGAUGUCAUGGCAUGAUCAUACAUGUUACUGUCUGAAUGGUGUAUUCAGAGUAAUACACAAAGAGGGUUUUUAUUUUUGUUGAUUUUAUGCAAGACAUUUUGUAUUUUGAGCUAAAUAGCUUACUUUAGGUCUGAAAAGGCUGCCAUACUCUGGGACUCAAUGGAGCCUACUUAUUAAUUAUGUGACUUCUGAAGACAA